UCUGUUUUUAAGUAAAGCCUUGGAGGGGGUGAGGUGGGGGACAUGAGGUUUGGCUUCCUUUUUUGACUUUUUAAAAUCUCCAACAUUUCUCUCUGUCAUGUCAACAUUUGCCAUAUAAAGUACAGACAAUUACAAGUGACUACUGUCAUUGUUUUGUGGCUUUAAAUAUCCUGUCCAUGUUAAUUCUUCUGAAUUAAAAAAAAGGACGUAUUCAGGGUCUCUUUAUUUAUCAUUAGAUUAAAACUUUUUUUUAUUUCACACUUCCUUUGGCAACGUGAGCUCCUUUACUCAAUACCAAUAAAGCCAUAUAGAAUGUAAUGUAUUAAAUGUUUUCACUUUUUUUAAUGGUGUGCACCUGAUACUAUUUAUAACUCUAUGUGUAAUCUUGUAUUGAUAGCUUGCCCUGCGAUUGGUUGACAUCCAGUUCAGGGUGUACUCCACCUCCUGCGUGAAGAUAGCUGGAAUAGGCUCCAUCCCUCCCCUGACCCUUGUGAGGAUAAGCAGCUCAGAAAAUUGAUGGAUGGAUAUAUAGAGCUAAUUGUUAGACCAAUGAUCAAUUAUACUCCAAUUCAUCAAGUUUGUCCCAUUUGUUUGAUUUUAUUCCAUUUACGUACUCAAGUAUUACUACUGUUAUUUUAUCUCCAUUUUAUUAGUAUUUUAAUCUUAAUGUAGCCCGGAUUUUUGGGGUUUGUUAUAUAUGUUUAUCAUUUCAGUCUAUCCACCCAUCUAUUUACAUUGUCGAUUUUAGGAUAUUUAUGGGCAUGUCACUUGGGCUUUAAAGUGAAACACACCGGUGAAAAGUUACUUCUUUGGGAGCACCUGCACGGUUUUGACAGCCAACAGCGCAACAUAAAUAUACCAUGUUGACACACACACACAAAAAAAGCUAAACAUGGCGUAUUCCAACUAAAUUUGAUGUUAUUAUAUUUCACAAUGUACAAUUGUAAGGAUAUCAACAUCGUACUCAUCGUAUCCAAAGCAAUGUUUUGCCUUGACCAGAAGUUGAAGUCGAGUUACCGCGUGAAAGUGGCCUGUGCGUGGUCUACUUUCUAUUCUACGUCAUUGAGUUAAACGUUCAGUCUAGCAGUAAUUUUCAACCAUAACAUUUUUCGGUGUCUUGCGAUUGGUUGCCUUUCGGUUCUCGGGUGAUUAAGGGAGUAGUCUGACUCUCAUGAAUCCCUUUCUAAAAAUAAUAAAUGAUUUUGUUAUUCGUUAUUAUAAACUCGCCCAAAACGUCCUAGUUUUCUCGUAAGAACGGGCGAAAUGGACCAACAACAGUCCUCUGUCAUUCUGCCAAGCAAUCACAUAACGCCGCGUCAUAUCCAAGCGAAGGACGCCGAUCCAAUCUUGCAGGCGGGUCCAAUUUGGUAGCGACAGCGCCACACUCGCACUGACCUCGGCCUUCUGCCGUCUGGAAGCAGAACAUUGUGUUCUGUAGGGAUACAGCAAGGCAAGCGCAGUGGACCGGCGUUCCACUGUUGUGAUCUGGAGCCAGCCAUUUUAGGGCAGCCCGUAAUGACAAUCAUUGUGCUUUUUUUCCCACCUCUUUCUAGCAGACUACGCUACCUGAUCCACAAGACCGUGGAGGAACUGCCAGAGCUCACCACCUUCUCUGUGGGGGAAGGCGGGUAUCGUCGCGUGGUGGUUUGCCCCUCGGAGCUCAGAGGCAAGUCACAGGAAGAAGAUAAUGAUGAUGGAGAGAGCAAGUCCAUCCCGGAUGAGGAGAAACCUGUAAGUUCUACCUCACGUCGAAUCCGAGCACCCAGGAGGCCAGACAAGGCGCUUUACACACCGAGAGCUGCUCGGCAGAAACUCCAGAGCCAAAACUCUCUUGCAGACCAGGAGUCAACAACUUCCGCCUCCAUCAAAGUUCUUCCCGACUCAUGUUCCUCUUCUGAGGGAAAGUCGUCACUUGUAUUAAAAGAGGAAUCCCGUCCCUUUGUAGCAGGUGUCGCCCUUACGGACGGCACAGAACUAAAAGGGAAAUCCAACGCAACAUUGAGCAAUGAUAAGGAUGACAUCAUGUUAUCCUGCCUGAAUGCAAUGAGCCUGGAAGAUGACUCCUGCGAGAAUGAAGAUGUCACAUGCCACCUAACCGCGGAGAUCAAGGCAAACCUGAAAGAAGCUGUUCCGUUCACCGUGCAGCAUGUCCAGAACGACUUCUCCACUUAUGAGAAAAUGCUCUUCAACGUUGAUGACUUUGGUCACGUGAUCGAGAUCUAUGACUUCCCUGAAAUAUUCAAGACCGAAGAUCUCUUGGAUGCCUUCCGUGAGUACAGUGGCGGUGGAAUGAAGAUCACAUGGGUGGACGACACACACGCCUUGGGCGUUUUUGCCUCUCAAACCGCAGCAGUGCACGCCCUCUCCAUCUGCCACCCUCUGCUAAAGGCCCGAACACUCACUGAAGGCAGUCAAAAGGCCAAAAGCAGAGCCGUCAGACGAGCAGAGUCAAUCCAGCCCGUGAAGGAGCGUCCGAAGACCGACAGUGCCGUUAUGAGGCGAAUGCUGGCCCGAGCCCUGGGCCUGAAAGCGCCAGGACGAGGGCGUCUCGUUUCUGACCUAAAGUGAUGGCAAAUACAGGAUUGGAGAGGAAGACUGGGUGGAAUUGAAGGAAAGAUGACUGCCCAAGUACAGGGAUAUCCUGGACGAAAACCUUCUCCAGACUGCUCAGGACCUCAGACUGAGAUGAAGGUCCGCCUUCAACAAAGACUGAUCCUAUACACACAGCUAAAAUAACAAAGGAGUGGCUUCUGAAGAACUCUGUGACUCUUCUUGAUUGGCCCAGCAUGACCCUUAAACCUUAAACCCAAUUGAGGCUAUCUGGAGAGAUCUGGAAUAUGCUUUCCACCUCUGUUUACCAUCCAACCUGACAGAACAGACAAGAACGAAUGGCAGAGGAUCCAGAAAGCCAGGUGUGAAAAACUUGUUGCAUCAUUCCCAAAAAGACUUGUGGCUGUAUUAGCUCAAAAAAGUGCUCCUAUUAAACACUGAAUAUGUCUGGCCGUGAUAUUUUGGUUUGUCUUUAUUAUAAAAACUCACGAAAUUUCAGCAAUUCUGUAUUUUUAUGUCAAUACUGGGUUCUGUGUGUAGAUUAAUGAGGAGAGGGGGGGGGGGGAAUGAACUUCAAUUAUUUUAGCAAAUGGCUGCAAUAAAAAAAGUAAACCAAUUUAGUGGGUUUGUACCCACUGAGAAUCAUUCAGGUGUAAUUGACAAACAGAUGCCUUCUUGAGCAGACAAUGCAAGAUUUUAAUCCAUUCCAGCGUAGUGUGUUAGCAAUAGUUUGGUUGGUGACUGAGACUUGAGACAUGAAUGAACAAUCUCCUUUGCAGUUCUUGGCUGAAGCCUAUCCUUUGUCAUGAUCACUGAUACCAGAUUAGGUGAAACGUUGCAAUAAGCCCCAGCCCGUGAGAGUGAUUGACAGUCAUUUUAUGUUCCUUCCAUUUUCUAAUCAUUGCACCAACAGUUGUCUCCUUUACACCCAGUUUCUUGACAAUGGUCUUGUAGCCCAUUCCACCCAUGUGCAGGUCAAGAAUCUUGUCUGUGAUUUCCUUUGGCUAUGAUUCUGGGAUUGAUUGAUUCUGGGGGCAGAUGUCUUUAUACUGGUUACAAGUACCAUAAUUUCUGGCCAAUAAGCCGCGACUUUUUAUAUAUGCUGAGGAUGAGACUUUUACCGGUAUGUUUUUUUUUUUUAACCGGCCCUGUAAGUGCUGUGCUAGCGUGUUGCUGCUAUGUUACUGCCGUGUCUCAGUGACCUUUCCGGUAUGUUCUUUUUAAUCGGUCUUGUUAGCACCGCGUUAGUGCCGUGCUACCGUGUUUCUGCUGUAUUACUGCCGCGUCUCAGUAAUUUAGGUAUGUUUUUUUUUUUUUUUUAAUUGGCUCUGUUAGUGCUGUGCUACCGUGUUGCUACUGUGUAGCUGCCGCGGCUGUUUUUUUUUUUUUUUUACCGGUAUGUUGUUUUUUAGCAGCCCUGUUCAUGCUACCGUGUUGUUGCUAUGUUAAGCUAAACUAAGGUGUUAAAACUUUGAAAACUCUUUCUGUAUACCGUCUUUCUUUGUAAAUAUGUCGUGAUUCAAUGUGGGUUUCAAUGUGGGCACUUGCGGCUUUGACACAGGUGCGGCUUAUGUAUGUACCAAAUGGUAUUUUCUUUACAAAUGUACUGGGUGAGGUUUAUAAUCAGGUGCGCUCUGUAGGCCGUAAAUUACGGUACAAAUAGGUGUUUCAUUCAGCUAGAGUUUUGAUUAGGAGUACAGUACAAUACUUCCUUAAAGUGGGAGCCAGAAUGCAUUGUUGCUGGAAGGGGAUCAGAUAUAGUACUUAUUUCACCCAGUGAAAUGCAAACACCUUUAUAUCUUUCUAUAAAUGUGAUUUUCUGUUAGAUAUUCUGUCUCAUUGUUA